CAGAGUCGCGCCACUUCUCUCCUCAUAAUCGUCGUAGAGGCCGAAUAUAACUCUCCCUCUUCUUCUCUUCCAUUCACUUUCAAAACCCUCACAUAUUUGAUCUCUCGCCCAAAAACAAACCCUAAAAUCCCUUACUCUCCCUCACACUGAAUCUUCCCCCACAUUGUCACCUAAAACCAUGUCCUCCGCCGUCAAGCAAGAAAUCCCGGAACUCUCCUCCGCCGAGAAAACCGCCGGAAUCCCCAAUCCCUCCCCGAUCGACAUCAGCAGCGACAGUGAGAGCAGUAGUAACUCCGUCGAUUCUUCUUCGGACAUCGACGACCUAGAGACCACUUCCUUGAUCGAGUCCAUCACGUGCAAGUCAAGGAACGAACGUAACUUCGAUGAAGCCCCUCCGGCGAAGAAAACGAAACGCGACGGCGAAUCCUCGUUGAGGCUAGGGUUUCCUGAACCGGUGCCGCUCAACUUGCCUGUGACGGCGGCGGUGCCUUUGGCAAUGGCUCGGGUGUUGCCGGACUCAACGUGCGUGACACGGAAAAUUGGGGAUAAAAAUAGUAAUAAUAUCAAUAUGAAUGAUAAUCAAGUAGGUCCAGUUUUACGGGGUUGCAAGCAGUUUUGGAAAGCUGGGGAUUAUGAGGGUGACAAGGACAACGAUGCUAAUUCUGCCUUUUCUUCCGUUGGCAUGGAUCAUGCGAGAAUUCACCCUAGGUUUCUGCAUUCGAAUGCCACCAGUCACAAAUGGGCUUUGGGAGCUUUUGCAGAGCUGCUAGACAAUUCUUUAGAUGAGGUCUGCAAUGGAGCCACUUAUGUUAAUAUUGACAUGGCAAGAAAUAAAAAAGAUGGCAAUCUGAUGAUUGAGGUGGAAGAUAAUGGUGGUGGAAUGACUCCUGAUAAAAUGAGACAGUGCAUGUCUCUUGGGUAUUCAGCAAAAAGCAAAAUGGCAAAUACAAUUGGUCAAUAUGGCAAUGGGUUUAAGACUAGUACUAUGAGACUUGGAGCAGAUGUUAUAGUGUUCUCUCGUUGUCAGGGGAUUAAUGGAACAAGCCCAACACAGACCAUUGGACUGCUAUCUUACAAUUUCCUGAGGGGUACUGGAAAGGAAGAUAUAGUUGUUCCCAUGAUUGACUAUGAGAAAAGUGGUCGAGGUUGGAACAAGAUGGUGCGGGCUUCUCCAGAUGAUUGGACAAGAAAUUUAGCAACCAUUGUGCAGUGGUCUCCUUAUUCAAGUGAAGAAGAUCUUCUUCAGCAAUUUAAGUUAUUUAGAGGGCAUGGCACACGGAUAGUAAUAUACAACCUUUGGGAGGAUGAUGAAGGACAUCUGGAACUUGAUUUUGAUACUGAUCCCCAUGACAUUCAAAUUAGAGGGGUCAACAGGGAUGAGAAGAGCAUUCAGAUGUCAAAAAAAUAUCCCAAUUCUAGACACUUUUUAACUUAUCGACAUUCAUUGAGGAGUUAUGCAUCAAUUCUCUAUCUCAGGCUUCCAUCUCACUUUAGAAUCAUUCUGCGCGGGCAAGAUAUCAAACAUCACAAUAUAGUGAAUGACAUGAUGAUGACGAAGGUGGUGACUUACAGACCUGUAAAUCUCCCAGAGGGAAUGCCAAAAGAUUCAAAUAUGGCUGCCAAAGUGACUCUUGGGUUUGUGAAGGAUGCACGCUCUCAUAUUGAUAUCCAAGGGUUCAACGUUUAUCAUAAAAAUAGACUGAUUAAGCCUUUUUGGCGUGUUUGGAAUGCUGCAGGCAGUGAUGGUCGUGGAGUUAUAGGUGUGUUGGAAGCUAAUUUUGUUGAACCAGCUCACGACAAACAGGGCUUUGAGCGGACAAAUGUUCUUCAAAGACUUGAGCAACGAUUGAUUGGAAUGCAAAAGGAGUUCUGGUCUAAAAAUUGCCAGAUUGUUGGCUAUGCUCCAAGAAGACGUACUAGUGACUUUCCAGAAAGAGAUUCUUCAGUAUCUGAUAAAGAGAAAUCACCCAGAAAUCAGAAUGGUCAUGGUUCUAGUAGUGGAGGGUUUAAGGCAAGCUCAAGUACUAAAAAACUCAAAAAAGGAUCAUCGCCUGUGAAUGCUGGAAGUGAAGAUGGGAACUGUAAUGAGGCAUUGCAUGCUUCCAUUAAACCUCAGCAAGAUCAUGCGUCAGACUCGAGGGAGGUUCUCAUACCUUUGAAAAUAGCUGAUACAAAUGGAGAGGGACAAGUCACGACAGACCAUGUAAUUGAGCGUUCGAUUCUGUUGAGAACAGAUUCAUCGAUUGUGGAAAGAUUGGAGGAGGCUCUAAAUGAUCUCAAUCAUGAAAGAGAUAGGUGUAAAUCUCUUAAAACUGAACUUGAGAAGGCAAACGAAAGAAUAGAAGAGUUGGACAAAGAGCAAGAAGCACUUAUUCAGAUACUAGUGGCAGAAAAGACUGAAAGAGAACAGGAGGAAGAACGACUCAGGAAAAGGCUAACGGAUGCUUCUAAAACCAUUGAUGAGCUGCUUGAGAAGGUGAAACGAUUAGAAGGAAGGACGCCAGUGACCUGCAAAGUUGAAAAAGAAUGAAAAUCUAACAGUAUGAGCCUCUAGGCUUCAAUUCUUCAACUAUACAUGGGGCCUAUUUGUACAGACCGAGGGCCUACUUGCCCUGAAUACCACUGCAGAAUAUGUGCAGUUAGAAACUUAGAAAUAUAUGGAAGUUGCAACACAGGCCUUGUACAUCAUUGUUUUUCGCCCUGGUCUGGUAUUUGAAAUUAUCCACUGUUUGCAGAUGGCUAAUUGUAUGCGCUGGAUUAAAGUGAAUUAACAGAUUCAUUUCUUUUUUCUUUUCUAACAUUAGGAGAUGCACUCUGCCCAUCUGUGGUUUAAUUUUGUUGACUAAACCAUGCUAUUGUUGUUGUAUCUCAUCCAUUGUGGAUCUAAUUAUAGCUAUUCCGAUCGAUAUUAU